AUGAGUGAAUUCUGGUGCAAGAGGGAGAAUGCAACAGAGACUGCUCACAAGAGCGGGAGGAAACAUCAGUUGGCUGCUUCCUGUGCAACAGGGGAACAGACCCUUGCUGGUGUCACCAGAUGCUGCCCGGAUCAAAGGAAGAUGAUAAAAGCAAUGCCCUUUUUCUAUAGCAGUCCACCAAAACCUGUCAAAAAAAACAAGGCCAGACAAAACGGGUCAGCAUCAUCUGAAUCAGAUCCUGACUCUGUGUCACUAGAAUCCUCCACAGAAGAAUCUCAGUUCAAAGGCAACAUGAAAUCGGGAAACCAGAGACGGGAUCCAGAAGAGCUGCAAAUCACUGGAAUAGUCUCCUGUAGCCCUGAAGAAAAGAAGCAUAAAGGACUCAGGAAAAAAAUUGUCAAGGGUCUACUUCACAUAACUGGUGUGAAAAGCAAUGAAAAGAACAAAUUUAAGGAGCCUCAGAAGGAAGAGAAUCAUCCCAUUACAGCUGACCAAAUCAGAUUGCUGAUUAAGGACCAGAAAUUCAUUGAAGCUAGUGAGCAUCUCCUUGUCAUGGAGAGAGGAGCCAAUGGUGAUAAUUCAGACGGCACAGCUAAGGAGGAAAAGCUGGAUGAUCAGGGUGAAAUUGAAGAUUUGUAUGGUCUUUUGAAACAAGAAGUCCUCACCAUUAUACGCUCUUCUAUCAGCAUUGCACAGUCUCAGCCAAAAUUACUGCAGAAUGCAGUAGGAGCCGUAGUAGACCAAAUGAAGGAGGAUGAGAGAUCCAAGACAGAAGAAAAGAUACUGGGGGAAAUGAUGUGCUCCCGACCCAGAAAAUGGAAAGAGGACUGGAUGGAUUCAAUCCAGACAUCUGUAACCGAGCGAAUGCAAGCCCCUCCAUUUGAUGGGGAUGCCAGCCUCUCUACCACUGCUCACAGUUUCCUUCACAUGGGAAAGACAAUGAAAGAGGAUCUUAUCACAGUGGUGCAAAAUAUUAAACCUCAUUACCCUGAGCAUUUUCAAGUGUGUAGCACUUAUGCCAAGUUCUACCACCACUGUUUUGCCUCUCAGCUGGAGACGAUUGCUCAGUUUGAACUAGGGAAAAAGGACACUUACCUUCUCCUUUCCUGGGUGCAGAACAUCUACCCAAAUGACAUCAGACAUCACCCUGUUUUAGUUAAAGAGCUGGAAGGAGCCAAUCUUGAAAGCCUUUUACCAUCUAGAGAGAUCAAACAGCUUGAAAGUACACACCUGGCUAAUGAAGUGGAAUCUGUUAAACGCUGGUUGACUCAGUGUCUGAAGGUAGAAGCCUUGAGAUGGACUCAAGAGGUGGAACCAGUGAAACUGGAUGGUUAUUUUCACAGUGAACUACCAAUAGAUGUCAUACAGGCCAUCUAUGGCGCACGAAAGCGUGCUGAAGACAUUACCCCAGAGCUUGGCACAAGCAUUUCAGCCUCACUUUUGUUUGAACUCCUGAGUUUUCUGCAAAGCUACAAGAAGGAUCUGGAUAUUUUUAUUAAGGAAAACAAACAGCACCCCUAUUAUGAGGCUACCAUCAUGGCAAACAUUAAUAAUUCCUUGUGUUUUCGGACUCAUGCUGAAGAAAGCACAACAUCAGCACAAAAUGACAUCAAAAUGAAAAUUUUUACCACACUUAAUGAAAUCCAGAAUGCUGGGUUCACUGUGCUCCUUCAAGACUUAUUUCAGGAGAUAGAGCCUCUUUUUAAAACGUUUACCCAGAAGAAAUGGGUCUCCUGUGCAGAGAUUAUGCCUGAGAUCAUAGCAACCACCAGCCACUACAUUUCUACAUUCAAGUCUCUCAAAGACCCUCUCUACCAGGCUAUCAUGGAAAAAAUACACUUCCACCUGGUCCGAGAACACAUUACAAGGCUUCUGAAAAAGAAAGUCAGCUUGAGGUCACCAGAACAGCAAAACAGUUUGUCCGACCUGGUCCAGAAAAACGCCUCCAUUCUGCACAUGUUUUGCACACAGAACGGGUCCAAAGCCACCUGGCUGAAUUCUGCACUCCCAAGUCUGGCUGAAAUCAUCAAGCUCCAAGAUACAAAUGCCAUCAUGGUUGAAGUUGGUGUACUUGCAAACAAAUAUCCUGAUAUCAGCAAGAAACAUCUGUCUGCCAUCUUGUACAUCAAGGGCAACUUGUCCAGCAGUGAACUGAGAAGCAUCUUGAAUGUGCUGAACAUUGGUGUACAUGCCACUCUCCCUCCAGCAUCAUUGUUUUCAACAAUCAGGGUGUCAUAGACUUGGACUAUAAGCAUGCUUGUUGCUGUUAUGUCAAACAGUUCCCUUUCAUGGCAAAGCCAAUUUCCACACUGCGCCACUGCCAGACAUAGUGACUUAGUUAAAAAACAACAACACAACUUUGGAUCUCUGUUUUUCAGCUGGCUCUAGUGGUGAGAAAGAGACUUGUUCUUUAUGUCACUACAAAAUGUUCAGAGUGGAAUGGAGCAAAAGUGUGGUUCAUUACCUUGAACACAAGUGAUCCAUCCAGCAAUGGGUCCUGGAAAAUCUCCAACAUUUCCAUUGCUGCCUCGAGUCUUCCCAUCAAGAAAGUGGGGCAAAUGCCCAACACAUUAUCACUUAUGGGUGGCAUUGGUACAAUGCUGAAGGACUCCUUCAUUUUCUACUAUUUAUUAAAGCACUUAACAUUUAAAUAAAAAGUGGCACUUUGCAUAUGGUUUCUCUGGAAGGUGGGGAAAGGGUUAAAUUGGAGAAGGAAAUUAAAAAAAGCAAUCUGAAGAGGACGAGGGAUUCAGAUGUUAUCUUGAACACUCAAGAAUUGUUUCUUUUAGUAAAACAUCCUCCUGGAUUCAUUAUGAAUGUUUAUAUGAAAAUGGUAUCAUUUGGCAGGGGGCUCCCCUCACUUUGUUUAUAGAGAAGUAAUUGGCAAGCAAUGUAAUAUAAGAGUGCACUGAGAUGUUUGACUAGUCAUAAUCUCCAACCCAACCUUGUGAAGAAGGUUAAGCAUCCUGACAAGAAUGUUGUGAGAAACUAUGUGGGAUUAACCUACUUAUCUUGUCUUAGCCUACUUAGAGGAUGAGCAGAAUACCACAUGUUAAUAAUAGUAUUGUGCCUCUAUAGAACAGUUGUAAAUGUGAGCAUGCCACAGUAUAUAGUGUGCUUGAAUGUUGCUUGAAUGUUGGCUUUUCAGCCAUUGGAUCUAUAAUGAUCAUGGAAAUGUUUUCAUAUCCUGUUUUUUUCUAAUUAAAUACAUUUUCAUUAAAUACACAUGU